AUGGAAGCUAUAAAAAGAAGAAUUCAUUCAAGUGAUCAUCAUGAUUCUAUCGACAACAACAAUGCAAAUUUAGUAAGAGUUGCAAGUGCCACUAGGGAUGCAGAGAAUUUAGAUGGCUUAUCACCUGAAUUAAUACCUAUUGUAACGUUAUUAUCAUCACAAUCUCAUAGACGCUAUACAGAAGGUAUAUUUAUGUUAUAUUAUGAUUUAAAUGGUGAUGGAAAACCAGCUGAUAGAGAAUGGAAAGAAAUUUAUGGGAUUUUAACUGGUUGUCAAUUAGCUUAUUGGGAUGCAGCAAAUUUAGCUCAAUUUAAAAAUAAUCCAGAUGCUUUAUUGGAAUUUUCAGCAAAACCAAAUUAUAUAAAUUUCACUGAUUCUAUUUAUAAUGCAAUGAAAUCAUUACCUGCUGCAAAACAAAAUUUGGAUAAUGUUAUAAUUGUUUCAACUACAUUAAAAAACAGAUAUAUUUUACAAUUCAAAUCUUAUAGGGAUUUAACUCAAUGGUAUUCUGCACUUCGAUUAUCAAAUUAUGAAUAUAAAUCAUUACAAGAAGCAUAUACUGGAGCAUUAUUAUCAGCAAGAGGUUCAAGAUUAUCAGAUAUAAAGACUAUAUUAGCUGAAAAAAGAUUUGAUCAUGAAGAUUGGGUAAGUAUAAGAUAUGGAAGUGGAAUGGCUUGGAAACGUUGUUAUGCAGUAAUUGAACCAUCAGUAACUAAAAAAAAAACAUUUAUACCAGGAAGAAUUUUAAUAUUUGAAAAUGAACAGAAAAAGAAGAAACAAUUAAUGGCAGUUAUAACCAAUGCUUCAGCAGUAUCUGCGGUCUACCCACAGUCCCAUCUAUUAAUUGAUCAUUCAACAAUGUUAAAAAUGGAAGGUUAUAUUAAUUUUACUUCCCCUAGUUUAUCUACAAAAAUAUCCAAAAAAUCAGCUGAAGAUUUCAGACAAACAUCGAUUUUUAUCAUGCCAGAACAACAUUCAGCAGUUCCUGGAUUUGAUACAUUAAUUAGAUUUUUGAUUCCAUUGUUAGAUUCAUUCGGAUUAUAUGGUAGACCUAAAAGAUUAAAAGCUAAUAGAAAUGAUAUUGAUUCAUUAUUGUUUGGAUUACCAACUUUACCCAGAGUUCAUUAUUUAGAAUUGCAAGACAUAUUACAAUUAAUUACAAGGGAAGAUUUUUUGAAUUGGGAUUUGAAGACAUGGAAUGAACAAAUACAAUCAUUAUUGAAAUCAAAAAUUGAAAGAGGAUAUGAAGGAUGUGGAAGUCAAAGAGGUUAUGCUGGAGCUGUCAGCUCUUUGAAUAGUCCUACAUUAUCAAGCUCACCAAGAUUAUCCAGUAGUGGUAGUCAAUUUUCUGGCUCAAGAAAACCAGUUCCUACUUCAUCAUUAUCUCAACUGGUUUCAAAUUCUACUAAUAAUUCUGCACCAGAGUUAAAAGAACAACAUAAAGGGUUCAGUAAAAAUCCUAACAACUUAUCAUUGAAUGUUCCAACUAUUACUACAUACAAUGGAAAAGAAAACAAAAACAAAAUUGAUCUUCAUAAAUCAGUUCAAUUAGCGGAUAUAUAUCAAGGAUAUUCUGACUUGAAGACACCAUCAGACAAUUACAUUGAUAGAUCUAAGAUAUUGAAUGGAGCUCCUGAAGAAUUAAAUGAAAAUGAUUUCCCAGCAGGGUUCCAACAAUUGAACUUAAGCGAUAGUAGCAAGAACACUUACCCUAAGAAUGAUGAUGGUUUAUUUAGCGAUGAUGAUGAUGAAGAAGCAGAAUUAGGUUCACAAAAAAGAAAUUCCAAUCUAGUUGAUGUAAGACAAAUUGGUCUUAAAAAUUUACCAAAUGGUUCUGAUGCAUCUCUUGGUAAUUUGAAAGUUCCAGGUUUUCAAGACAAGAAUAGUAGUUAUUCUUCAGUUAUAUCACCAAUGACUCAAUUUAAUGAUUUGAAAGAUAGUUACAAAAGAGUUGAAAAUAUUCCCAAUUAUGGACUUAAAACUGAAUCACCUCCACCACCUGUACCUCAACAUACUACAACUAGUAUUGAAGAUAGAUUUGGUGGUACGUUGAAUGAAGUAUCACAACGGACUCCAGUUACAGAAAAUUUUAAAGGACAAAGAUCAAUUCAUUCAGAAUCUGGCCGAGUUAGUAGUGGUUCAUCAUCAGAUUCAAUUACCAAAAAGGAAGGUAGUAUACUGCCUCAAAAGCCUUUACCAUAUCCUGUUAAUAAACCUAGAUUUAUUUCCUCACCAAAUUCUUCACAGAAUCAAAUUAAUAAAUUUCCUAGUAAUGAUGUUAAAAAAUCUUUACAAUAUCCUUUAUCACCAUCAAAUGUGAAUAAUAGAUCAAGAGAUCAAUUGAAUGAAGUUGAACAAUCUAAACCUAGAGUUACUACAAUACCUAAAUCAAAUAAACAAAUAUUUAGUCCUUCAAUCCAACCUUCAGCUCAAUUACCUACUUCCCAGGAUAAAAAUGCUACUUAUCAAGUUUCAAAUAUUAAUACUUUUGGUAAACAACAACAUCCACAGUCAAGUGGACCGCUGAUUGCUCAAAAACAACAGCAGCAACAACAACAACAACAGCAGCAGCUAUACUCACAACAGAAUAAAAAUCAGCAACCCGUUCCUGUGAUUCAACAACCGCAACAAUAUCAAUCACACCCAAACUCUCAUCAACGUAAACCUCCUUCAGAAUUGAAUAAUUCAUAUCCGGUACAACAACAACAGUAUCUGCAAACGCCGCAUAGUCAUCCAAUUCAACAACAUGCAACUCAUUUGCAUCAAUCAUCAAAACCACUCCCCCAACAACCUCAGCAAACACGACAAAAACCAAUCAAUCCCCAUCAGCAACAACAACAACCAGGUCUUUAUUCGAAUCCGAUUAAUAACGGAAGUAGACAAAAUACUUCCAUACCAUCUCAAAAUACUCAACCACAUCAACAACCACAACAAUAUCAAUCAAAUGGAGUACCUGGUCAUCAACAAAUAGCAAAUCAUUUACAAAACAGAAAUCAAUAUGGUUCAAAUAUGCCAAAUCAACAACGUUCAAAUCAAAAUAUAAAUUUAAGAGCUUAUGAAAAUCAACAAUAUCAAUACUCAACAAAUUAUCAACCUCAUCAUCCAUAUCAAGGUCAACCGCAACACCCAGCUCAAGGUCAAGUACAUCCACAGCAACAACAACAACAACAACAACAACAACAGUCACAAUCGAAGCAUCCAUAUGCUCAAUAUUCGCAACAAAAUAGUGGAAAUUUUGGACAAUACUGA